CACCCUUACACCUCAACCCAGCAUCUCUGCUCCGCUUCUCAGGAGUCUACGGUAACGUCAGAGCCAAGAUGGGGCGUAAAGAGAUCAUCUGCAGCUGGAAGAAAAGCAUCAGUAACAUUAAGGAUGUGUUCGAAUUCAAGGGGAAAAUGGGAUCGGGCUCCUUUUCUGAGGUUUUUAUGGUGAGAGAGAAGACGACAGGGAAACUGUACGCUCUGAAAUGUCUGAAGAAAAAACACCUGGCUCAUAGCAAUCUGGAAAAUGAAAUCAAUGUGCUGAGGAGGAUAAAACAUGAGAACGUGGUGGGACUGGAGGAUUUCUAUGAGAGUCGAACACACUAUUAUCUGGUCAUGCAACUGGUAUCAGGUGGGGAGCUUUUUGAUCGCAUUUUAGACAAGGGUGUCUACACGGAGAAGGACGCCAGCAAAGUGAUCAAACAGGUGCUGCAGGCUGUCAGCUACUUGCAUGAAAACAGCAUCGUACACAGAGACCUGAAGCCUGAAAACCUGCUGUACUAUAACACAGAUGAGAACGCUAAGAUCAUGGUCAGUGACUUUGGUCUGUCUAAGACGAUGGAGCAUGGUGUGAUGCAUACAGCCUGUGGUACACCAGGAUAUGUUGCCCCAGAGGUUUUGGCCCAGAAACCCUACAGCAAAUCAGUGGACUGCUGGUCCAUCGGAGUCAUCACUUAUAUCCUGUUGAGCGGCUACCCUCCUUUCUUUGAGGAUAAUGAGACUCGUCUGUUCUCAAAGAUCAUGAGGGCAGAGUACGCCUUUCAUUCACCAUUCUGGGACGACAUCUCUGAGUCAGCCAAAGAGUUUAUCAGGAAUAUGAUGGAGAAAAAUCCCACAAAACGAUUCACCACUGAACAGGCUCUCAGACACCCCUGGAUUGCUGGAGACACAGCUAAAGACCUGGACAUUUAUCAGUCUAUCUGUGAACAGAUGGAGAGAAACUUUGCCAAAUCCAAAUGGAAGCAAGCCUUCAACGCAGCCUCCGCCAUCAACCACAUGAAGAAACUGCAGCUGUCCCACAGUGAGCCGCCCCCCUCACCCCUCUCCUUGCCCGACAUCAUGGUACAGGCCCCCUCCCACAGUAACCUGGAGGUGCUGGGGGGCUGCCAUGAUGAGGCUCACGCCCUUGAUCCAAAUGGAAAUCUCGUCCACGUCGUCAGUCAUCACUCCUGCAGUCACUCUGAGCCCAGCAGGAGUCUCUGUACAUCACUCAGAGAGGGUCACAGCGAGCCUGCCCCCAGCCUCACCAUCAAAGAGCCAGUCCAGUCCUUCCAUUCAGAGAACGAUGCUCAUUUGAGGCCAUCCAAGAGCAACGCUGUGGCAAAGAGGAAGGACCAAUCACUUCAGUCUGGAGUCUGCUCUGUCAUGUGA